GAGGCUGGGCCCGGGUGCUGAUGCGAGUCGCCCGCUCGGCCUCCGCCUAGCGUGGUCUGCCGUCCGGGCCGGGGCGGUAGGGAAGGGGCCGUAGCAGCUCCCUGUGGCGCCGGGAGCCGGCGCUUCGGCACGCCCCCUCCCCCUCGCCGGGCGGCCGAGGCGCCCUCUGGGCCCACGAUGAUGGCGGAGCAGGUGAAAUGCGCUUCGGCGGGGGGCGGUUCCGGAGUGGGCUCCGGGCAGGUGGUGAACACCGAGCUGGAGGUGAAGAAGCUGAAGGAGCUGGUGCGAAUGUUGGAGAAGCAGAACGAGCAGCUGCGGAGCCAGACGGCCACCGCGUCCGCCGCCCCGCACCUGCUGCUCCUGUCGCCGCCGCCGCCGCCCGCCGCGCCGCCGCCGGCCGGGGCCUGUAGCCCCUUGGCCCCGCGGAGCCCUCCGGCCGCCGCCGCCUCGGGGGGCCUGGGGCUGGGGCUGGCCUUGGCCGCGGGGGGCGGCGGCGGCAGCGGCGGCUCCAGCCCCGCUUUCCCGGGGACCUACUGCCUGCCCAGCCCGGCGCCCUCCGUGCUCUGCAGCCUGGCGCAGCCCCCCGAGGCGCCCUUCGUCUACUUCAAGCCUGCGGCGGGCUUCUUCGGCGCGGGCGGCGGCGGCGGCGGCCCGGAGCCCGGGGGCGCGGGGACACCGCCGGGGGCCGCCGCCGCCGCGCCCCCCUCGCCGCCCCCCACGCUGCUGGACGAGGUGGAGCCGCUGGACCUGGAGAGCUUGGCCGCCUGGCGGGACGAGGACGACUACACCUGGUUGUACGUUGGCUCUUCAAAGACAUUCCUGUCAUCAGAGAAAUCCCUGAGCCCUUUGCAGUGGUGUAGACAUGUCCUAGAUAACCCGACUCCGGAGAUGGAAGCGGCAAGGCGUUCCCUGUGCUUUAGACUGGAGCAAGUCAGCCGAUGGCGAAGUCUCUUCCCUUCAAAUGUUUCACUGGCUUUUCCUUAUAGUCCUGUGGCGAGACUCAGCCCUUAUAGCAAUGGCAUUAAUACUCCCAGCUUCUCUAAAACCUCAAAUAAAGCAAUACUAACACCUGAAAGAACAGGUCACACACCCAGGGGCUCCCCGCUCAGUCCCCAGUCGUCCAUAGACAGCGAGCUGAGUACUUCCGAGCUGGAAGACGAUUCUAUCUCCAUGGGAUACAAGUUACAGGACCUCACAGAUGUUCAGAUCAUGGCUCGUCUGCAAGAAGAAAGUCUCAGGCAAGAUUACGCUUCUACUUCAGCAUCCGUAUCGAGACACAGUUCCACUGUGUCACUGAGUUCAGGAAAAAAAGGGACAUGUAGUGAUCAAGAAUAUGAUCGAUUCAGCCUGGAGGACGAGGAGGAAUUUGAUCAUCUGCCACCACCUCAGCCCCGUCUUCCAAGAUGUUCCCCUUUCCAAAGAGGAAUACCCCAUUCACAGACUUUCUCCAGCAUUCGGGAGUGUAGGAGGAGCCCCAGUUCCCAGUAUUUUCCUUCGAAUAAUUACCAGCAGCAACAGUAUUAUUCACCUCAAGUCCAGACUCCAGAUCAGCAGCCAAAUAGGACCAAUGGAGGAGACAAGCUCCGAAGAAGUAUGCCUAACCUAGCUCGGAUGCCAAGUACAACCACUGUUGGUAGCAACGGGAGUUCUCCAGUCACCGUGCGGAAUAGUCAGAGUUUUGACUCAAGCUUGCAUGGAGCUGCAAAUGGAAUUUCAAGAAUACAGUCUUGUAUUCCGUCCCCAGGACAGCUCCAGCACAGGAUCCACAGCGUGGGACAUUUCCCAGCGUCAGCGCGGCAGCCUCUUAAAGCCACGGCCUACGUGAGCCCAACCGUCCAGGGCAGCAGUAACGCGCCCUUAGCCAGCAGCUUACAGCUAUACUCCAACACGGGGAUCCCCACCCCCACCAAAGCUGCAGCUUCCGGCAUCAUGGGCCGCAGCGCUCUUCCAAGACCUUCACUGGCAAUAAAUGGGAGUAACCUGCCUCGAAGCAAAAUUGCACAGCCUGUCAGAAGUUUCCUUCAGCCUCCAAAACCUCUGUCUUCACUCAGCACGCUGAGGGAUGGAAACUGGAGAGAUGGUUGCUACUGAUGCAGUUUUCUGUACCCUUGAGGAGUGGGAAAGAGCUGGAAAUGAGGGUCGGGUUACCCAGCUGGCUGGGUAACAGUGGGUGUCAGGAUAUUCUUUCCCUUCUGCAUUUUCACACAUCUACUGCAUUGUUUUUCAAUGGACCAAUCACCAGAGACUAAUUAUUGCACUUAAAUAUUUGCCUGAGAUACUGCAACGUUCACAGAUCCACGGUUGCAGUAUUGUGAGACUUAGAGCUAGGAAGUUUUUGUAGAACUGAUAAUGUACCUGAAUCCUUUUUGAGAGAAUUGAGAUGUAUCCAUAAUGCUUUCUUUGCCAUCUGAGGUUUUUGUUGUUGUUUUUUUUUUAACCUGUUCAAUUUACUUACGUGUUCUAAACAUCUUCCCAUUACAUAUUCUGUAUUUUAAUACAUUGCAUAAUUACAACUAGGUUAUAUAACAUAUGCUUUGAAAUUUACUUUUUUAUAGUUUACAGGAAUUUUAUUUUUUGUGCCUAUUUCUUUUUACACCUAUGUGAACCACUAUGGAACAACUUAAAUUUUGUGCCAUAAAAAUAUUUUUGUGGUAAGGUACUAUUUUUUUAGCUCUAGGGAUAUAUCAGCAAAAAUCCAUCACACAAUUGAGACAUAAUUUUCUGUUGAAUGAGCACAAUGUAAGCUGAAGCAUUGCAAGGAGACAGCCAGACAGCAGCGUGAAAUGGGUCUUGUUGUUUUCAUUGUUAAUUUAUUGUCAUUCCUGGCUUUCAUAUUUAUAAUGGCAUCAUGAGCUCAUUGCACUUAAUACCUGCAAUGUUUGCUACUGUACCACAAUUGAUUUUCAAUACUUUUACAGAGGAUGAAACUGUAACGUUUUAUUAACAAUGCUUCUGGAAAUGAAUGCAUUUUAAAGCAAAUAAAUCUUUUUGAUAGACCUUUUACAAAA